CCCGUACUUUCAUUUAAGCUGACAAAGCGGCUAGUCUGCUUGCUGAGCAAAUUAAUAUAAUUGAUUAUUAUUUAUAGAUCCAACCAAUCGUAUUCAAUCGCUCGAUAAUGCCUAACCGCUUUAUCAUCUUGAACUCGUCCAAUGAUUCAUUUAUAUGACAAGUUUAGUAACAUCCAUAUGAAAUUAUAGCUAUAUUCCUCUGAAGAAUGGAGUAAUUGUGAUUGACCAGUUUCGUAACUAUGAAUGUUAAAAAAGUGCCUUCCAACAGGAGACAUAAACGUUGUUAAGAGAUUUGUCGCGUCGCAUAUUCCAACAUGCUCCAACAUGCUCCUGCCAUAGUUCUACUCACUCUAAUGAGUGCAUUGGAGUGAGUAGGAAUUAUAAAUAUAACCUAAAAUGUGACAGCUCUGGAACACUAUAUUAGACUAAGAAAUGAGAAUAAAAUGAAGAAUCUCAAAAUGCAACACCUACGAAUAUCAUUGGAUGGAGAUAAAAUAUAUUUAGAAUUAGAACAAUUGAGUAUUUUUUGUCUCGGAUGUAUCUAUUGUUCCUAAAAAUUAGUCUAAUAUGAGUAACGUGACGUCGGAGAAGAUUCCAUUGCAUUCGGUCUUGAGACUCAAUAAUAGUGAUGUUAAAGAAUUUUUUUGUGGUUGGGGCGCUGCUGUCAUCAAUGUCUCUGUCACUUAUCCAAUUAAUAAAAUCACAUUUAGACAGAUUUUGGAAGGCGUACCUGUGGAUGCCGCGAUCGGGCAGAUGUCACAAGAGGGAAUACGUUUGCUGUAUCGUGGAAUUUUGCCACCUCUAUGUCAAAAGACUUUGUCCCUCAGUUUGAUGUUCAGCAUAUAUGAAGGAUGCAAGCAGAGGCUUUGUCUGUUAACUGCAAACGAUGUGCUGUCUAAAAUAUUAGCGGCGAAUGUAGCCGGUACUGUGGAAGCUCUCUUCAUGCCGUUUGAAAGAGUACAAACAUUGUUACAGGAUUGGCGAUAUCACAAAAAGUUCAAGAAUACCUCCCACGCAUUCAGGUAUCUGUUGUCAAAUCACGGAGUGACUGAGUGUUAUCGCGGUAUGGUUCCUAUCAUAUACAGAAACGGCUUAUCCAAUCUGAUGUUCUUCACGUUGCGGGAUCAGUCGAAGAUACUGCUAGGCGAGAAAGAAUCGCUGCUAACGAACUUUAUCAGUGGCGCCCUGAUCGGCGGCUUCACCAGCACAGUGUUUUAUCCAAUAAAUGUAAUCAAGAUACACAUGCAGUCGAAGAUCGGCGGCGACUAUGAGAAAUUUCUAGCUGUAACUCGCGAGAUCUACAUCUCCAGGAAUCGAAGCUUAACUUCUUUCUACAAAGGCGUACACUUAAACUACAUGAGGUCCUUUAUUAGUUGGGGAGUGAUUAAUGCGUCGCACGACUUCUUAAAGAAGAUUAUUUUCUAGAUCAUUUAGUAUGAGAAAAAAUUUUUAAAUUUAUUUAUAGAAGACACAUUUCAUGCCCUACUAUUUUGGGUGAUAAUAGAAAAUUGUAGGAUCUAUUUAUGAAUGUAGAAACUUUGUGUAAUGUUUUAACGAAUAUUUGGAGAUACGUUUGUUGACUUGUUCUUUUUUUUUUAAUGAACAAGAAUAAU